UCACCGACUAGAUCGUCCCUUCUCUCCCUUAUCGAAGAAAUCCUCCGGCCGUCUUUAGUUCCUUUUUCAUGGCUGCGAUUCUUGGGGCUUGGCUUCCUCUCUCCCUCCUCCUCUUCUCUUCUUCUUUUCUAAGCUCUACAGCGGCAUCAGCGUCUCCACAGAGACGUCUUCUCCAAUCCAACUCGCCUCCUCCUCCUCCUCCUCCUCCUUCAAAUAGGAAUAUUGAAACAUUCUUCCCCUCUCUCCCUUCGCCGGCCUUCCCCAAUUUGGUACCUCCACCACCUCCACCACCCCCACCACCUCCGCCAUUGCCACAGCCUCCCAAGUCCCAACCAUCAAUCGCGCCUCCCCCGAGGAGCCAAGACAACAAAGUAACCACUGCUGUCGUUGCCACCGCAGCCAGUAGCUUCGCCGUCUCCGGGCUCCUUUUCUUCGCCUUCCUCCGGUUCUCUGCCAAGCGGCGCCGCGAGGGGGACGUCAUCGACUCCGGUAAAAGCUUUCACGCAGACCGGCAGCGCUCGAGGGCGAAUCUGGCGCUCAAGGGCGUGAUCGUGGACGAGAAUGGCCUCGACGCUAUCUAUUGGAGGGAAUUCAAUAAAGAGGGCCAGAAGAGGUGCCGCCACUGUAACUACGCGCUGGAACCAUCGGGCCGACAAGAAGAAGACAACCCCGGUCCGCGCCCAAGAAACGACCGUAGAAUCCAAGAGGCCCCGUUUCUUCCACCUGGCUCCGUCAAUUCCUCCUCACGGAUCUUCCAUGAGCAGAGAAUUUCGAGUCAGAGCUCGUCCUCGACGCUGUCCGUGGUCGCCGUCGAUUCGGUGGCGGCACGUGCGAGGCCUGUCCGUUCACCUAGUCCGCCUUCGCCGCCGCCCGAUAUCUCAACCCCAUCGCCGCCACGGCCUCCACCUUUUCCUCUCGGACCGGUGCUGCCCCCACCGCCGGGGAUGAAGGCAAAUGCGUCUUCUGCGCUGCCCAGUGCACCGGCACCACCACCAUUACCACCACCGCCAAUAAUGAAGACCAAUGCGUCGCCUGCGCUGCCCAAGGCACCGGCUCCACCACCACCACCCCCGCCGCCGGUAAUGAAGGCAAAUGCGCCGCCUCCGCCGCCAAGGGCGCCAGCUCCACCGCCGCCACCCCGUGGCAGCAGCGGGGCCGCCAGUUCAUCCGUCAGGCCGCCAGCUGCACCGGCACAGGCGUCGGACGGCGGGCCCAAGAAGCUGAAACCAUUGCACUGGGAUAAGGUGAACCCGAGCAACGCCGAACAUUCAAUGGUCUGGGACAAGAUCAGCGGCGGUUCAUUUAGGGUUGAUGAAGGCAUCAUGGAAGCCCUCUUCGGCACCCUCGCCAACCGUAAAUCCCCGAGAGAAACCAAUAACCCCUCCAAACCCUUCCCCUCCCCGACCUCCUUGGCCGGCACCGCCGCUCAGAUCUGCCUGCUCGACUCCCGCAGGUCCCAGAACAUUGCCAUCGUCCUCCGCUCCCUGGCCCUCAGCCGUCAAGACAUCCUCGACGCCCUUCUCGAGGGCCGAGGCCUGAGCGCCGACACCCUCGAGAAGCUCUCCCGGCUCGCCCCCACCAAGGAAGAGGAGGACAUGAUCCGGGACUUCUCCGGCAACCCUUCCAAGCUUGCGGACGCCGAGUCCUUCCUCUUCCACCUCCUGCGCGCCGUCCCUUCCCCUUUCGCCCGCCUCGAUGCCAUGCUCUUCAGGUCCAACUACGGCCCGGAGGUGGCCCACGUCAAGGAGUCCCUCCUGACUCUCGAGCUGGCCUGCAAGGAGCUCAAGAAGCGUGGACUCUUCUUGAAGCUGCUGGAGGCCGUCCUGAAGGCCGGGAACCGCAUGAAUGCCGGGACUGCACGGGGCAACGCCCAGGCUUUCAACCUCAAGGCCCUCUGCAAGCUGUCCGACGUGAAGAGCACCGACGGGACCACGACGCUGCUCCAUUUCGUCGUGCAGGAGGUCGUCAGGUCGGAAGGCAAGCGCUGCGCGGUCAACCGCAAUUACAGCCUCCGGCGAUCCGGCAGCAGCAUGGACAAGACUGACGACGGCGAGUCCACGAGCCACCCCGGUGGGAGGGAAGAGAGGGAAAAAGAGUACAUGAAGCUCGGGCUGCCCAUUGUUGGGGGGCUCAGUGUGGAGUUUGCGGAUGUGAAGAACGCGGCGGGGAUCGACUACGACGCGCUCGUAGCCACAUGCUCCUCGCUUGAAGCGCGUGUGAAAGAGAUCCGGCGGUUCCUGGAGAGCUGCAGCAGUGGUGGGUUCUUGAGGGAGAUGAGGGGAUUCGUGGAGGCGGCCGAGGAGGAGCUUGAGGUAUUGAGAGGGGAGCAGGUUCGGGUAAUGGAGCUGGUUAAGAGAACUACGGAGUACUACCAACCAGGGGCCUCCAAGGAUAAAGGAGCUCAUCCACUUCAGCUGUUUACAAUAGUUAGGGAUUUCUUAGGGAUGGUGGAUCGGGCCUGUGUGGAUAUUGCUAGGAAUCAGCAGAAGAAGAAGCUGCCGCCGCCGCCGGGUGCUGCGGCAGCGUCGCCGGAGAGGGGGAGGAGAGCAACAGCGAGGUUCCCCAACUUGCCAGCCCAUUUCUUUUCGGAUAAUUCCAGGUCUGAGUCCAGCAGCGAUGAGGAAGAUGGGUCUUGAAGAGAGGAAGAUGGGGAGUAUGAUGUAAUAUGAGCGAUCGAUUUGCCUAGGAUAAUUAGUAGGCAUUGUGGACAGUGAAUCGAUUUAUUGUUAUUUCAUUUUUUUUUUUAAAUUUUGUUCCGAAUGUGAAUAUGGAAUAAUUCCUCAAAAACAAAUUUAGUCAUCUUCUUGCUUUGUGCUUUGAA